UCCUGGCUAACUUCUUGCGAAAGCCACGUCUUCGAUAAGCAGCAGUGAGUAACGAGGAAGUUAGUGUCAUUUGAGUCAAAGAAGAAGGAUUUUAAUUUAGGAUUGAAUAGCACCGUGAUUCACGAUGCUGCCUAAGUACUUUGCCUUAUUGUUUUUGAUCUUUGCGAUCGUUUCCGCUGAAGAAAAGGACGUCUUAGAGCUUACCGAUGGAACGUUCAGCAGUGAAUUGGAUCGGCUCGAGAACACGCUUGUUAUGUUUUACGCACCAUGGUGCGGUCAUUGCAAACGAUUGAAACCAGAAUAUGCAAAAGCAGCUGAAAUGCUGUUGGGCAAUGAUCCACCAAUUACUCUUGCAAAAGUGGACUGUACAGAGAGUGGGAAGGAAACUUGCAACAAAUAUUCAGUCAGCGGUUAUCCAACUUUGAAAAUCUUUGCUAAAAGUGAUUUUGUCAGUGAUUACAAUGGACCUAGAGAAGCUGCUGGUAUUGCAAAAUAUAUGAAGGCACAAGUCGGUCCAGCAUCUAAGGAACUAACUGGGGAAAGUUGUUUGAAAUCAUUCUUGAAUUCCGAUGAGAUAAGUGUUGUGGGCUUCUUUGAGAAGUCAGAUUCAUCUUUAGCAAAAACUUUCCAUACUGUUGCUAAUAAGAUGAAAGAAAAGGUCAGAUUCGCUCACACGACAUCUGAGUCUCUCAUGAAAAAGGAGGGCUACAAGAAUACUAUUGUUUUGUACAGACCGAAAGUACUGCAAAACAAAUUUGAACCAAACACUAUCCAAUAUGAUGAAUCUAUGGGUGACAUUCAAGAAUUCAUUGCCAAAAAUUACUUUGGAAUUGCGGGUAUUCGUACGCGCGAUAACGCAGGAGAGUUCAAGAAUCCACUGGUAGUUGCAUACUACGCUGUAGAUUAUGUGAAGAAUGCUAAAGGUACGAAUUAUUGGCGCAACAGGAUCAUCAAAGUCGCUAAAGAUUUCCCCAAAUUGCACUUUGCCAUCUCUUCCAAGGAUGACUUCCAACACGAAUUGAACGAUUUCGGAAUUGACUUCGUCAAAGGUGAUAAGCCCGUUAUUUUAGCGAGAAACGUCAAAAACCAGAAAUUCGUCAUGAAGGACGAAUUUUCGAUGGACACGUUUGAAGCGUUCUUAAAGGAUUUUGAAGCCGGUGCUUUAGAACCGUAUCUGAAAUCUGAACCAAUUCCCGAAGAUAACAGUGGAAAUGUUAAAGUCGCUGUAGCCCGAAACUUCGACGAAAUUGUUACUAAUAAUGGCAAAGAUACUCUAAUUGAAUUCUACGCUCCGUGGUGUGGUCAUUGUAAGAAGUUAGCACCCGUUUUUGACGAAUUGGGUGAGAAACUCGCAAACGAGGACGUGGCAAUCGUUAAAUUUGAUGCCACCGCUAAUGAUGUCCCUACACCGUACGAAGUCAAUGGUUUCCCAACACUUUUCUGGGCGUCUAAGGACUCAAAAGAUAGCCCAAUCAAAUACGAGGGUGGUAGAGAGCUUGACGACUUCAUCAAGUAUAUCGCCAAGCAUGCAACCAAUGAGCUUAAGGGAUUCGAUCGCAAGGGCAAACCUAUGAAGCCGAAGAAUGAUGAAUUAUAAAUUUUUUCCUAACAAAAUAUGAAGUUGUCUGAUACAUUUUUUAUAUAUUUCUCAGCAACUGAACAGACAGUGACAUCUUCCUUGUGCGACUUACCAGUGUCACAAUUGUUCAUAAAAAUGUUUAAAAGUGUAAAAGGCUAUUAAAUUUUUGUAGUACCAGAGGCGGGUUUAAACGGAAGAUAAAUCGAAGAUAUUCAGUAAAACACGAGCUGCAUUUAUUUUCCAGGAUAUUUGAAAAAACGAAGUGAAAUAUAAUUAGGAUAGGGUUGUCCAUAUGUAUUAUGUAUCUUUAUAAUGCUGUAUAUCAUGUAAAACUAUCAAGAACUGA